AUGGCACCUCUUUUGCCCCCUAUUGGUUCAGAGAUUUUCAAACGAUUCACACCAGCAUCACAGGAGGAAAUCCAACGGCGCCAUGAAGCUGAAGAAAAGGAAUGUCAGAUAAGAAAGGAGAACAACAUUGAGAUUGCAGAGGAAGAUCUUCCUAAACCAGCCAGUGACCUGGAGGCCGGAAAACCUCUUCCCCUUAUAUAUGGAGACCCACCUCCUGAGUUUCUCAACACCCCACUGGAGGAGUUGGAUCCUUUCUACCAGUCAAAGAAGACCUUCAUUGUGCUCAGUAAAGGAAACGUGAUCUACAGGUUUAAUGCUGAGCCCGCCUGUUACCUGCUGAGUCCAUUCAACCCACUCAGGAUCUUAGCCAUCAAGGUCCUCAUUCAUUCUUUAUUCAGUCUGUUCAUUAUGGUAACGAUUCUGACCAACUGUGUGUUUAUGACGAUGAGUGACCCACCAGCAUGGAGCAAGACAGUCGAAUAUGUGUUCACAGGCAUCUACACAUUUGAGGCAUCUGUCAAAGUUUUGUCUCGAGGAUUCUGCUUCGGAGACUUCACCUUCCUCAGAGACCCGUGGAAUUGGCUGGACUUCAUGGUCAUCAGCAUGGCAUAUUUGACGGAAUUUGUGGAUUUGGGAAAUGUCUCGGCAUUGAGGACAUUCCGAGUUCUUCGAGCUCUUAAAACGAUUACCGUCAUCCCUGGUCUGAAAACAAUUGUUGGAGCUCUCAUCCAAUCAGUGAAGAAGCUUGCUGAUGUCAUGAUUCUGACAGUUUUCUGCCUCAGUGUCUUCGCUCUGAUUGGUCUUCAGCUCUUCAUGGGAAACCUGAGGCAAAAAUGUGUCCUGAUGCCACCACCAUUUCUUAGCAACCACACGUCAGACAGUAAUCUUAACAUCAGUUUCUAUGGCAAUGACACUUACAGCAACAACACAGGAAGCAGUGACUUUGACUUCUACGAGUACAUCAACAACCCAGAGAACCAUUACUACUAUCCUGGUCAUGCUGAUGCUCUGCUGUGUGGAAACAGCUCUGAUGCUGGGGUCUGUCCGGAUGGUUACGUCUGUAUGAAGGCAGGGAGAAACCCAAACUACGGCUACACCAGCUACGACACUUUCGGUUGGGCGUUCCUGGCUCUUUUCAGACUCAUGACUCAGGACUUCUGGGAAAAUCUGUUCCAGCUGACGUUGCGAGCCGCCGGUAAAACCUACAUGAUCUUCUUUGUGGUCGUCAUCUUCCUCGGCUCAUUUUACCUCAUUAACCUCAUCUUGGCUGUGGUCGCUAUGGCGUACGCCGAGCAGAAUCAAGCCACCAUCGCUGAAGCCAAACAGAAGGAGGAGGAGUACGCUCAGAUCCUGGAGGCGCUGAAGAGGAGAGAAGAGGAGGAGGCAGCCAGGAAGGCAGAGCUGUUAGAGGAUGAAGACCCAACACUGCAGAAGAAAAGUUCAUCUACAGAUUUAAACAAAUUUGAGGAUGACCAGAGGCCGUGUCCUCCAUGUUGGUAUGUGUUCGCUGACAUCUUCCUGAAGUGGAACUGUUGUGGCUGUUGGCGAUGGCUCAAGCAGUGGCUCUUCAUCAUUGUCAUGGAUCCGUUUGUGGACCUCACCAUCACCAUCUGCAUCGUCCUCAACACUGUCUUCAUGGCUAUGGAGCAUUAUCCAAUGACAGAGGAGUUUGAGGAGCUGCUGAGUGUUGGGAAUCUGGUCUUCACAGGUAUCUUUACAGCUGAAAUGGUCCUUAAGCUUCUGGCCAUGGACCCGUAUUACUACUUCCAGGUGGGCUGGAACAUCUUUGACAGCAUCAUUGUCACCAUGAGUCUGGUUGAACUGGGAUUAGCUAACGUUCAGGGCCUAUCGGUGUUACGCUCAUUCCGACUGAUGCGAGUAUUUAAGCUGGCCAAGUCCUGGCCAACCCUGAACAUGCUGAUAAAGAUCAUCGGGAACUCGGUGGGGGCUCUUGGGAACCUGACUCUGGUUCUUGCCAUCAUUGUCUUCAUCUUUGCUGUCGUCGGCAUGCAGCUGUUUGGGAAGAACUAUAAAGACUGCGUCUGUCGCAUUGCAGAGGACUGUGAGCUUCCUCGCUGGCAUAUGCAUGACUUCUUCCACUCCUUCCUCAUCAUCUUCAGGGUGCUGUGCGGUGAGUGGAUCGAGACCAUGUGGGACUGUAUGGAAGUGUCAGGUCAGACCAUGUGUCUGAUCGUCUUCAUGAUGGUCCUGGUUAUAGGAAACCUGGUGGUCCUGAAUCUGUUCCUGGCCUUGUUGCUGAGUUCUUUCAGUGGUGAUAAUCUAGCAGCUCCAGAAGAUGAAGGAGAAAAUAAUUUACAAAUCGCCAUAAACCGGAUUAACCGGGGUGUGGCCUGGAUCAAGUUCUGGAUCCUGGAACACAUCUGGGCUUUAGUGAGAAAUAAGAAACAAGUCAGCCAAGACCAGUCCAGUGUCAGUUGUGAGGAAGACGACACAAUGAUGAAGGAGGUAUUACCUUUGACUUUUGUGACCUCAGAUGAGCCAGAGCCCCAUGACAAAGCCUCUAGCUUUAACCAUGGCAUCCUGACCAGUAACUACCAUAACAUUGCCUCCCUGCGGGUCCCAAUAGCCGAGGCCGAGUCCUACUUUGACAUACGUGAAAAUGAAGAGGAAGAGGAAGAUGACCUGGAUAGAGAAGAGAAGUACUCACAAGGCGACAUGUCAUCGGUCUGUAGUACUGCAGAUUUUCGUCCUGAAGUCCCAAAUGAGGAAGAUGAAGAGACAAACACGCCUGUGGACUGCUGCAGCGACAAGUUUUACAGUGGCUGUCCACUCCUGGACAUAGACACUUCCCAGGGGCGUGGGAAAGUCUGGUUUAAUUUCAGGAGAACUUGUUUCACUAUCGUAGAGAACAACUACUUUGAGACGUUCAUCAUAUUCAUGAUCCUGCUGAGCAGCGGUGCUCUGGCUUUUGAAGAUAUCUACAUGGAGCAGCGUCGGGUCAUAAAGACGAUCCUGGAGUAUGCGGAUCAGGUGUUCACCUAUGUGUUCGUGGUGGAGAUGCUUCUCAAGUGGGUCGCGUAUGGAUUCAAGACCUACUUCACCAACGCCUGGUGCUGGCUUGACUUCCUCAUUGUAGAUGUGUCUCUGGUGUCGCUGACAGCAAAUAUCCUGGGAUACUCUGAGCUGGGAGCCAUCAAGUCCUUGCGGACCCUAAGAGCUCUGAGGCCCCUGAGGGCCCUCUCCCGCUUUGAGGGGAUGAAGGUGGUGGUUAAUGCUCUGAUUGGAGCAGUCCCAUCAAUCUUCAACGUCCUCCUUGUGUGUCUGAUCUUCUGGCUGAUUUUCAGCAUCAUGGGCGUGAACCUGUUUGCAGGAAAGUUUUAUUACUGCUUCAAUGAGACAUCGGAGGAGUUGUUUCUAGCUGAGAAGGUUGACAACAAGACCCAGUGUUUGGCUCUGAUUCAGGAAAACUUCACUGAGGUCCGCUGGAAGAACCUGAAGAUCAACUACGACAAUGUCGGAAUGGGCUACCUGUCUCUGCUCCAAGUGGCCACAUUUAAAGGCUGGAUGGAUAUCAUGUAUGCAGCAGUAGACUCAAGAGAGGUGGAGUCCCAGCCAAUGUAUGAGGACAACCUGUACAUGUACCUGUACUUCGUCUGCUUUAUCAUCUUUGGCUCGUUCUUCACCCUCAACCUUUUCAUCGGAGUCAUUAUAGACAACUUCAACCAGCAGAAAUCUAAGUUGGGAGGAGGUGAUAUUUUCAUGACAGAGGAGCAGAAGAAGUAUUACAACGCCAUGAAGAAACUGGGCUCUAAGAAACCUCAGAAACCUAUCCCACGGCCUGAGAAUAAGUUUCAGGGUCUGGUCUUUGACUUGGUGACCCAACGUUUUUUUGACGUUCUCAUCAUGGUGUUGAUCUGCCUCAACAUGGUGACUAUGAUGGUGGAAACAGAUGAGCAGAGCAAGGACAAAGAAAUCAUCCUUUACUGGGUCAACCUUGUUUUCAUCAUCAUCUUCUCCACAGAGUGCGGUCUAAAGAUCAUCGCUCUGCGGCAGCACUACUUUGCCGUCGGCUGGAAUAUCUUUGAUUUUGUGGUGGUUAUACUUUCCAUUGCAGGCCUUCUCCUUGCUGACAUCAUAGAAAAGUACUUUGUAUCACCUACGCUCUUUCGUGUGAUCCGAUUGGCUCGUAUUGGCCGAAUCCUUCGUCUUAUUCGUGGAGCCAAAGGGAUCCGGACGCUGCUCUUUGCCUUGAUGAUGUCCCUUCCUGCUCUCUUCAACAUUGGUCUCCUUCUCUUCCUCAUCAUGUUUAUCUUCUCCAUCUUUGGUAUGUCUAACUUUGCCUACGUGAAGAAGGAAGCGAUGAUUGACGACAUAUUUAACUUUGAGAACUUUGGAAACAGCAUGAUCUGCCUCUUCAUGAUCACCACAUCAGCAGGAUGGGAUGGUCUGCUAAAUCCCAUCAUGAACACGCCCCCAGACUGCGACCCAGACUUUGAAAACCCAGGAACGACAGUCAGAGGGAACUGCGGCAGCCCAGCAUUAGGCAUCGUUUUCUUCACCACCUACAUCAUCAUGUCCUUUUUGGUGGUGGUUAACAUGUACAUUGCCAUUAUCCUGGAGAACUUCAACGUAGCUACAGAGGAGAGCAGCGACCCACUGUGUGAAGAUGACUUUGAGAUGUUUUAUGAAACCUGGGAGAAGUUUGACCCCGACGCCUCACAGUUCAUACAUUACAGUGAGCUGUCAGACUUCUGCGAUGCUCUGCAGGAUCCUCUGAGGAUUCCCAAACCCAACGCUGCCACCCUGAUCCAAAUGGACCUGCCUUUGGUACCCGGAGAAAAGCUGCACUGUCUGGACAUACUGCUUGCUCUCACUGCACAGGUUUUGGGUGAUUCCGGGGCCAUGGACGCUCUAAAAGGCAACAUGGAAGACAAGUUCACAGCCAACAACCCGUCCAAGGAGUCAUAUGAACCAAUCAGCAGUACCCUGCGGAGGAAACAGGAAGAGGUAGCAGCGACAGUGAUCCAGCGAGCGUACAGGAAGCACCUCCUUCUGCGGGGCAAGGUCAAAUGGGCAUCCUACAAAUACAGAGAGAAGCUGGACAGACGACAGGACAAGCCACCAGAAACAGAAGCAACUCUUUCUAAAGGACUGAGUCAGCCGUACAGCGGCAGCCACGAGCAGACGGCUUCAGGUCAGGUGCAUCCUACCCGGGUAGAGCUUCAGAGCGAGUUUGUUCUCCGUGCCGCCCCGCCGUGCAGCACUCACGAGUUUGUUCAAGAUGAGAACCUGAGGGAAUCUGUCGUGUGA